GAAGCCACAUGUCUUCUAGAGUAGAAGUGAAGGAGACAGUGGGACAUAUUUCCAAUGAUAGGAACUUCAGCAUGGAUCAAGUCCAAACCUCCAGGAAAGGUUGUUUUGCAGUCCGAUACUUGGUGGCCUUCAUUUUGCAACUCUGUAAUUUUUCUGUUUACUCCCAAAUAAUGAGCUUAAGCAUUGCCAUGCCCGCAAUGGUCAACACCUCAGCCCAGACCAACAGAACCAAUGCUUCUGAAGAAGAGCCUCUGACUGUCCUCAAUGUCAGCUGGAAUGAAACUCAGGAAGAAAUUAAGGCAAUGGCCCCUGCAUAUGAUUGGAGUCCUCAAAUCCAGGGAAUUAUUCUCGGCUCUGUCAACUAUGGGUCGUUCUUCACUCCCCUUCUUAGUGGUUAUCUAUCUGGAAUAUAUGGAGCCAAGUAUGUGGUCGGAGUUGGCUUGUGUAUUUCAUCAGUCCUGACACUGUUCAUUCCACUGGCAACUGAUACUGGGGUAGUCUUGCUUAUUGUCAUUCGGAUAGUCCAAGGCAUAGCACAGGUUAAUGUAACAACAAGUCAAUACUCCAUUUGGAUCAAAUGGGCCCCUCCACUGGAAAGGAAUAAACUUAUUACCAUAGCAAUGUCAGGAACAUCAUUGGGGUGCUUCAUCCUUUUUCUGCUUGGUGGUGUCCUCUGCCAGACUAUAGGAUGGCCUUACGUCUUCUAUAUUUUUGGUACAACAGGCUGUGUCUGUUCUUUACUCUGGCUUUCUCUUGUCUCUGAGAAACCCACGAAUCAUCCGUUCAUCAGCACAACUGAGAAGGCGUACAUCGAAUGUUCACUGGCCCAAGAGGAUGCUAUACCACAUUGGUCAGUUCCCAUUAAGGAUAUGAUUAAGUCCACAGCACUUUGGACCAUUUUAAUUUCUCAUUUCUGUGAAUCCUGGCACAACCAUAUCAUUUUAUCUUACUUACCAACAUACAUUAAUUCUGUACUUCAAGUUGAUCUCCAAUAUAGUGGAUUCCUGUCAUCGCUGCCAUUUGUUUUGGGAUAUAUCUGCGUUAUUCUUGAAGGUCAGCUGGCAGAUCUCCUGCACUCCAGAAAGCUCCUUAAACUUAUCACAAUCCGAAAACUUUUCACAGCUGUAGGGGUUCUCAGCUCAGCAAUCUUCAUCUUGUCUCUGAACUGGGUGAGAUCCAGCCAGGUCACCACCCUUGCCUUCUUGAUACUGUCUUGUGUCCUUAACACGUGGCUUUAUGUUGGAGUAAUGAUUAACAUGAUGGAUAUUGCUCCACGGUAUGCUGCCUUUGUCAAGGGAUUAGCAUUAAUCUUUGAACAAAUAGCCGGAGCCAUUUCUCCAACUGUUUCUGGAUAUUUACGCAAUCAAGAUUCAGAAUCUAGCUGGAGCAACAUCUUCUUCCUUUCAAUUGCUAUUAGAUUAGUUGGCUUGAUCAUCUACCUCAUCUUUGGAAAAGCAGAGGUCCAGGACUGGGCUAGAGAGCAGUCAUUCACCCAAUUCUGAACCAAACAAGGGAUACCUUAUAUCCGGAUGUAGUUGGUUCAUUGUUUAACUUCCCUGACAUUCUACUUCUGUUCCUCUUUGCCUGAUUGGCCAUUUGAUUUGAAUGGACUUUGUCCAGCAUCUUCUCUGAGAUCUUAGCUUUGUAAUACUGAAAGUUAUGGCUGGAAAUUUUGUAAGGGAUGGGAAGAAAGAAGACUCUAUAUUUAUUUGUCAAUAUCUGGAAACAUUGAAGUGCCUGUACUUUCACGUGUUUAACCAAUCUUUCCACUGUUAUUGUGAGAUAAUGAGAUAUAUGCAUUUGC